UCCUCAUUAAUUGGACAGUAAAUGUCGUAUUGUGUGGUUGAAACAUGACUAACCACUGAAAGUAUUUCAGUGUGCAACUUCCCUAUAGCAGAAUGACGCGAUGAGCUUCACCCGGAGAGUUUGAGCUCUUGUAGUGUAUCGACUCUGAUCAACACGUUUUUGUUCGUUUUUAUUAUUUUCGUCAACUUCAGGAUGUCCUUUCGUAAAUACAUCGCGCCUCUAGUAUUCUGUGCCCAAGUGGCCAGCUCGUUUUUUGACACCGCUCUCCAAAUGGUCGUUAAAGAGCGAUGCGCAAACGCCACGGACCGGGACAGCGAGCAGAAAGCGAUUACCAACUUCAACAUGACCUUUAAUAUGCUCCUCAAGUUCAUGCCCAUCGUGCCAGCGAUCAUUCUGGCAAAGAUUGGAGACAAAGGUUACAGGAAAGUGCCAAUAGCUGUUCCUCUGGUGGGUUACCUCGUGUCCAGGGCUUUGCUCCUGCUGGACAUCGCGCUGGGAUGGCCUCUCCAGGUGUUGUACGCGGUGCCGGUGAUCCACGGGCUGUGCGGCGGGUUCGCGUCCUACUGGGCCGGAGUCAUGGCGCUGGUGUCGGUGAGCUCGGGGGAGGAGGACCGGUCCGUGCGCAUCAUGAGGACCGAGCUGGUGUACGGGAUCGCCGGUUUCAUUGGCAGUCUGGCCUCUGGUCACUUAUUUAACCUCUAUAGUGUAGAUCUCAAACAAGGAGUUAUCUUAUCUGGUUUGAGUGUGCUGCUGUAUUUAAUCUGCAUGCUCUAUGCGACAUUCAUCCUGCGGGUCGAUCUUGCCUCAGAGAGGCAGGAGCGACGGGAAAGUUUUGGGAUCUUAAACCAGGAAGCCCGUGAUAAAAUAAACAUCGCCUUGCUGUUCGCCGGUGGGAUCUUGUAUGAUAUCGCAGUGGCGGGGGGGAUGGAGAUGCUGGCCGCGUAUGUGCUGAAGGAGCCGCUGAACUGGGGCGCGACUGAGGUGGGCUAUGGGAACGCGGCUGGGUCCCUGCUCUUCAUCACCAGCUUUGUGGGUGUAAAGAUGUUCACAAGAUGUUCUGUUAAAGAUGAAAGCAUGAUCAUGGUCGGGAUGGUGUCUUUCGCAGUUGGGAUUUAUUUCAUGGCAUUUGUGACCACAACUCCAAUGUACUUUUUGGCUCGCUCUGUCACUCUGUUCGCUCUGAUCCCAAUGCCCACCAUUCGCUCACUGCUCUCCAAACAGGUCCAGGGAAGCUCAUACGGCAUAACCUUUGUCAUGCUCCAGUUGUCCUUCAAACUAGCAAGCUUGGUCACCACACCCAUCUACACUAAGAUCUACCAGGCCACACUUGACACCUUCCCAGGGUUUGUCUUCAUGCUGUCCAGCAUCUUCACUGUUCUUUCUAUGAUACCCAUUAGUAUUGUAGGAUGUCGCUCUGCAAAACAUGGAUAUGAGAUCAUUCAAGGGAACUGACAGCAUUCAUCCCCGUCAAAGGAGAG